GGUGGCAACGAGCGCGCCUGUCGGCAGACGGGGCCGCCAUGGAGGGCUCCAUGGUGCGGCGCACGCAGGAGCUGCUGGGCCGAGUGAUCCGGAAGCCGCCGCUGACGGAGCGCCUCCUCAGCAAGCCCCCCUUCCGCUACCUGCACGACGUGAUCGGCGAGGUAACUAGAUCAACCAGUUUCAUGAAAGGACUGUACACCGAAGCAGAGAUGAAAUCUGAUAAUGUUAAGGACAAAGAUGCAAAAAUCGCCUUCCUUCAGAAAGCCAUCGAUGUGGUUGUCAUGGUGACGGGGGAACCCUUGGCAGUGAAGCCAGCACGUGUCGUUGCUGGGCAUGAACCUGAAAGAACCAAUGAGCUGCUGCAAGCAAUUGCCAGGUGUUGCCUCGAUAAGCUAUCCAGUGAUGAAGCUGUUCAAAAAGUUCUUGCUGGAGAGAAAGUAGAUAUCAAAAGAAAACCCCCAUCUUCUUCGAAACCCCAAAACAAAGAAAUCAAGGAGUCUAAGGGAGAAGAUCACAGAUCUCAUAAAGAGGGAAGAGGUCUCUCUGAAAUAAAAGAUAAAGGCAUAAAUCAAGACCAAAUACCCAAAGAAGAACUAAAAGAGGCAGAAAGCAAACGGAAAGAAAAAGAACGUGACAAAUCUAAAGAUAAUGAGAACAAGCAGAAAAAUCCCGAGAAAGACCCUUCUAAAGAAGGUGAAAAACAUGAAAGGGAAAGAACCAAGAACAGAAUGUCCAAACAGGGAAGAGAGGCAGAGAAGACCAGAGACAAAGAAAAAGGAGAAGGGGAGCAAGAGAAAGAACCAGAACGCACUAAAGGAAGGGACAAAGAAAGGAAACACGAGCGAGGAAGAGAGCAAGACAGAUCCAGAGAAAAAGACAAAGAGAGAGGCAAAGAGAAAGACAAGGAGAAAGAACAUGAGAAGGAAAGAGAAAGGGGAAAGGACAGGGAAAGAGAAAAACGAAGAGAGAGGGGCAAAGAAGCAGAGCAGGCACGAGAACAUGGAAAGGACAAAGGAGAGAAAAAGUCCGCAGGAUCCGAGGACAGCAUAAUGAGAAAAAUGGAAGAAAGAUCGAUAAAAGAUAAGGCUGAGCCAGAUCAAGAAAGUGAAAGCUCAGCAAGGUUAUCCAAGCAACAUUUAACAAAGGGAGCACGACAUCGAUCCAGAACUGGCAGUGAAGGGCGAAAGGAGUCUAGUAAAAGUGUAUCUAGUGGUGCAUUUGACAGAACGUCUAGCAUAUUAAGAGAGGCAGUUGAGACAGUGAUUGGAGUACAAGAGCCAGGUGAAUCAGCCAGCGAUGCAGAAGGAGACGCUGUGAAUGCCGCUGCCCCUGAGAAAAUGGUGAUGGCUGAGAAUGGUGAAUUUACUAAUGAGCCUCCUCCUCAAGUCAAUCUAAGAAGAUUGCCACGACCCAGCAGCGCCAGGCCCGCCCCGCCCCGGAUCAAACGUCAAGAAAGCGCAGAGGUAUUACUGCCAGAGAGGAACGGUAGUGCCAGAAUAGUCUCCAAUGUCAUUAUAGAUAAAAAGGAGGAAGAGGAGGAGGAAGAUGACCAGUUUGUGGUGGAAGCAUCGUCAGAGGUGCCUGAACUGACAGAAAUGGCAACGGAGGCAAUGGUAGAGUUGGAAGGGGAUGAGAAACAUGGUGGGCUUGUCAAAAAAAUAUUGGAAACAAAGAAAGAUUAUGAACUGUCACAGGCUCCAAAAUCUGCUGAGAAGGAGAAGCCACUUUUGUAUGAAUCAGCGAGGCGGAAAGAGAAGGAUCUAGUAUCAAAAGAAGUAGAGAAAUUUCGUGGAUCCAUUCAGGCACUUUGUCGGAGCGCUCUACCUCUUGGAAAACUCAUGGAUUAUAUUCAGGAAGAUAUGGAUGCCAUUAAGAAUGAGUGCCAGAUGUGGAAGAGUGAAAACAAGCAGCUUGCAGAAGCCCUGCAGAAAGAACAAAGCAUCACAGACAGUGCUGUGGAACCACUAAAAGUAAAACUUGCAGAGCUGGACCAGUUGAUCAGAGAUGAGCAAGAUAAGAUUUGUGCUAAAAGGGCGACUGUUUUGAAGAACGAUGAAAAAAUCCGGAAGAUGAUUCUUAACAUCAAUUCAAGAAAGUGAACGUUAUUAGAAUAAAGAGCUGGAAC